GUUUCUUUGCUUCUUAAAACAAUAAAAAAAGUGUAAUCAUUAGGGCGGGAUUCUUACGACUUACGAUCGCUGAAGAAAAAGGCGCUAAAUUAAUUAAAACGAUUUAAAAAUAAAUUAAUUAUGAGCAUAAUUUUAUCUAUCCUGUAAUACUUGUACAGUUACAUACAUAGCUCAUACUAACCACUUACCUUGCAUACAUCAGCGGUUUACUAAUCUGCACAAAGCCUGUGGUGCACUGCACAAGUGGCACUUUUUGUUCGCACCGAAAAUUGAAUCCCUAAUCUCUUCACGGAAUGAAGAAACUCCUUAUAAAAUGCCGGUGCGACGAAGGCCUUUCAACAUUACAACCACUUGUGGGACGUGCCAUAGAGUAACUUAAGGUUGUACUUGUAUAUUUUAGGUACUUAACUGGUUCGACCAUGUAUCCUUUAUUAUUUAAUUAAGCAUUUGUGGGGGACAUGUCUGUCUACUACUUGAUUGACCCUCAUAUUCAAAAGAUAAUUAGUGUGACGAAUCAAACCUUCCAAUCAUCAUUAACGUUCUUUACUAAUUACUUAUAGUGAGAGUAAUAACUGUGAUUUGGAUUAGUUUCUACAUGCGACUGCACGAAAAUGAAGUCGGUUAUAUUUUUUAUAGGUAUUGUUGGAUUUGUGGUAUAUUCGUCCACGCGCGCUCAGCUGUUCGAGGACCCGUCCAAGACGUUCCAGAACAUGACGUUCGACAUGGUGAACCGCGGCAGCUACAACGCCACCGAGUGCGUCGUCGACAUGCUCAACUGCUGGGAAGCCGUCAAGCCGGACAAGAUCUGCACGUACUGGUACUGGUACGCCAGCAUCUGCAGCAUCAUGCGCGAGUUCUGCGCCGAGUGGCUCGGCGACCAGGACAAUUUCUACAAAAAGUUCAGCAUAACUCAAGGCAUGUGCUUGUACAACUCGGAACAGAUGUGGUCGUAAUCAAAAUCAACGUGAACGCGCGUCUCGCUUGCACUAAAUCCUAAAGUAGAUGAUAUAAUUUUUAGAAAUACAUAUUAUAUGUGUUUAAGUCGAGGUUUUGUUUCAAGACAUAGUCACAAUUGUAUUGAAUGUUAAACCUAAGUAAAUAAAAAUAAAAUAAAACUUUAUUUGUAGCCAAUUACAAUUUUGCAUAGACAAAUUGAAACGUUAAUUACUGCAGUAGUCAAAGAGGAAGUAUUAAACAGCGCGUUGCGCAGUCUAUUAAUUAAGUAUAAAGUGUUUAAAAAUAGUUAAAAUAAAGACAAAUUUAAUUUGAAAUGCAGGUUUUAUUACUUCAAAAGCAUAGUCUUCACUUUAAAAAUCACUGAUAUAAUUCCUUUCACUCGACUCUCAAAUUGCCAUAAUAUUAUGUAAUUUACAUUACUAAUUAUAAAUUAUAAUGUACAGCGUGACCCGUUUUGACAGCAAUUCUGUUGAAUACCUACAGAUGUAAUAUGAAUUUCUUAUCAUAGAGAUAUCAACAGCUUUUACGAGAUUUCAAUAGGGAUGGUGUAGUAAUCAGUUGAAGUGUGUGCAGUUCUGUCGAGACGGGCAACGCUGCACUGUGAAGUGAACGCCGGCGCACACGCCACCAGAUAUAUUCUCU